AUAUUGCAAAAAGUAGAUCAGCAUGGCUGAGCUUUAUGCUCUAUGUUGGGUGUCUCACUUUUACUGAACAAACACCUGAAAAACUGCUGCAAAUCCCCAAUUCUGUUGCUGCCCAAUGUUUUGGAGAAGCAGUUCUUGAUCACUACAGGCUGAGCAAUAUUGACAUCACAAACACCCUGAAGCAGCUUGUAUUUAUGGGUGACAUAUCCAUUCUCCUGGGAUACUACAAAAAACUGAUGUGCAAGAAUAAUGUCAGUGAAAGCAACCUCAAAAACAAGACUGAGGAGAACCAUUGUGACAGCAUCUGUUUAUGUUGUGUGUUUCUGAGGAACCUGCUGCUGGUGCAGGUAGCACCUGAAUUCGAGAUUACUCAGCCUUCAAAAAUUCCAGGCCAGAUAGAUAUGUUGAUCAAGACACAAGGCACCAAACGAGUGAUCAUAUCUGAGUAG